AUGCGGGAGGGUAGGGAGGACGAGGUCGAGGACGAGGACGAGGUCGAGGACGAGGACGAGGACGAGGACGAGGACGAGGACGAGGACGAGGUCGAGGUCGAGGUCGAGGUCGAGGUCAACGACGAGAGUCCGAUGAGAAACUUAGGGGGAAGCAUCCACAUGCUCGAGAGGUGUACGAGCCUUGUCACGCAGCGAGCGAGAUGCAUCGGAAGGAGACAAUGGAGAGGUUACCAUGACAGCGUUGGGAGCCUGCAGAAACCAAGAGUCUUGUUUGAAGCCGCUGAUUGGAUGGUCGUCGACAAACCCAGCAUGUGGCACAGUACGAGGAAAGUCAGAGCAGGGGCAGAGGUAGGGGCAGCAGAUGCCUCAGAAGGCGAAUCGAGGAACUUAGAAGACUGGCUUCAAGAACAUUAUCCGACACAGGAGGCAGUAGAAGAAAUGUUGGCUCGCGUCCAGUCCGGGAGGAUCUUCAAGACUUACUGGGCCAUCCUUGAGGGAGAGAUGGAUCCUUCGAGCUUCACUUCUACAGCCGCUACAACCGAUCCAAAAAGAUCUCAGUGA